AUGAAUAAGAUUGUUAGACAAGUCAGAAAGAAAACACGUUUGGUAUCUAGUGAUUUGGUGUUUAGAUAUCGUUUGGCUGUUGAAGAGGAAAAGAAGAAACGUGAAUCUUUAAUAUACAUGGUUGAUAAAUCUCAAGAGGCAUUGUUAUUCUUUGAACAGAUUUUAUGUUCUACUGAAAAAAUGGCUGAUCUCUAG